ACAUCAGCCGCAGACUCAGACGCCCGCUUCUCCACUCGACCGUCACACCUCAGUGCGGGGAUCCAGCAAAGAUGAAAUGGAUGUUUAAGGAGGAUCAUUCCCUCGAGCACCGAUGUGUGGAGUCAGCCAAAAUACGCAACAAAUACCCUGACAGAGUACCGGUGAUAGUGGAGAAGGUCUCCGGCUCUCAGAUCGUGGACAUUGAUAAGAGGAAGUACCUGGUUCCCUCUGACAUCACGGUGGCCCAGUUCAUGUGGAUCAUCAGGAAACGCAUCCAGCUGCCUUCAGAAAAAGCCAUCUUCCUCUUUGUUGACAAAACCGUCCCCCAGUCCAGUCUGACCAUGGGCCAGCUCUACGACAAGGAGAAGGACGAGGACGGCUUUCUGUACGUGGCCUACAGCGGCGAAAACACCUUUGGUUACAAGGCCUUUUACACAACAAGUGAUUAAUGCUUAAUUGAACACACACACACACGUACUUAUAUCUUUGUGAGGACACUCAUUGGCAUAAUACACUCCCUGGCCCCGACUCUAACCUUAACUAUCCAAACUGAAUGUCUAACCCUAAAACCAAGUCCCCCUCAAACAGCCCUUUAAAGUUAUGAGGACGACCAAAAUGUCCUCAUGACAUAAGGUCUGUGCUUUUCUGGUCCUCACAAAGAUAGAUGUACAAGUACACCUACACCCACACACACACACACACACACACACACACACAGGUGCAGAAUGUUUCAGACGUUGGCCUUUACACGUGUGACACAGGUUUUGCACCUACACACCUGGCAAAGUCAUUUAUGGCUAAUUUUUGAUACUAAAAAUACACAUUUAUGUUAAAAAAUUAACUACAACAAAAUACUACAGUAAACAAACGUGUUCUGAUUUGUUUGUGUUUGACAAAUGGCUCAGAUGAUUAUUAUGGUCAUUUAAUGGCUGGUCUUUUUAUGUUAGGAUCAGAGUUCAAAGGUCAGCUGUGGAAUAAUAUCUGUAACACUGCCAUAAAAUAAGAAUAGAACUUACUACAUGUCAUAGGCACAUCAGUUAUCGUUAGGUCAACAUCAUUAUUAGGCUAAAACAAAGUCAUGUGAAUAAUUAAUCAGGUUAUGGGUGUAUUUGUAUGGCUCUGCAUAUCGUAUAUAUAAAAAAUUCAGUGUGUAAUUUAAUUCCACAGGUACACUCAACACUGCAGCAGGCAAUGACAACAACUAUAAGCAUGUGAAAGAAGGCAGCUCAAGCUGCUGGGGUAGUGACUGAGGGUGGAGGACUAUAAGCUGGUGCGGAUGUAGUCAGAGUGGAGUGUGUCCUGCUCAGGGCCAGGGACCAGCAGCCCUCUCUGGGAUGCUGUCUGAGUGCUUCUCAGCCUGGCUCUUAUGUAUCUGCACAGUAGUUUAGCUAAACAACUCCAACACUUUCCCUGAAGCUGGUUGUGUCUGCUCUGGGCACCAAUGUGAAAAUUACUACCACUAAAAAAAAGGAAAGGACUCAGUCAGCUCCUCCUCUGAUAUGAUCAAUCUGUGACCAGGUGCUGCCUCAACCUGCGUCAUCCACCUCUACAUCGGUUUCCUACAUUUCCCAGAAUGCCUCGCAGCAACCUCCAUGAGCACGUCCGGCUUUUUCACUGUAGAUAUUUCAACUUUUCACACACACUGGUGUAACUGAUGAUAUUGCGUGGCUGCAUUCUAUUUCUAGGUUACAUGAAUGGGUGGUGAUCCAGACACACCUGAAUGGAAUGGAGCCAUUGUUAAUGUUAUUACACCUGUGCUCUGCUAUGACAAGUCAAAUGUCUGCUGUGAAAAAGGUUUGUUUGUUUGUUUUGUUUGUUUGUUUCUGAUCUGACUGCUGAUGUGUCAGAUGUGAGACUCUGUUGUAUUUCUGCUGUGCACCAUCUAACGGCCUGCUGUUAUAAGAUCGAGCUGCCCUGCUAUUCUUAACAUGAGCGCAGCCUGAAGUUGGUGGAUGAUUAAAGGGGAAAAACUCUGUCCUCCUCCUCAGCUCUGUGGAGCUUUUAAGCCUGUUUCAGCUCAUUGUUUUGGUUUGCUGCAGCUGUUUUCAGUCAAAAUGCUCUAAUCGACCAACUGUACAUUACCUGCACCAGCUGGGGAGCGUAGUGGAGCUUUCAGAUAUUUAAGAAGAUGAGAUAAUUGACACUGAUGCUGGCUUUAGAAGACAGUGGGAUCAACUUAUGCUGUUAACAAGCUCUGUAGUUUCCUCGAAGGCGUUCUGGGAAAUGUAAGGAAUAACAUCCUGUAUUUCAGUAUGUAGCACAGGAGGAGAACCUAAGCAGGGACGACUUCUACUCACCAAAACAACUGUUUACACUGAGAAAACAAACACGGAGGCAGCUGCAUUGUUUCACCCCCUGUUCCACAUUUGUCCAGACAGAACUGCUUCAAGUUCAGUUCGUCUGUAGGACACUUGCUGAAACACUGUGAGCCAUCAGCACAUCACAAACAGGUAAACGACAAUAACAUCAGAAGAAUCACCAUGAUGGGUUUUUUUUUCCUUAUGUUCCUGGACAUGUGUGUGUCAUAAUAAUGCGACUGGAGGUGGAGACAACAGACUUGACCCUGUCCCUG